UUCCUUGUGUCCCUCGCUGGCACCACGCCAUCUCCCUUCAGCUAAAACCCAAUCUCCGAUAUACUACUAAUAGCUAAACCACUUGGACUAUAAAACACAACAAAUCAUAAAGCCGGGGAAAGGACGGCAGGCUCCUUCCAAUGAGUUCUUAUUUUGUCAACUCGACCUUCCCGGUGAGUCUGGCGGCGGGGCAGGAGCCCUUCCUGGGACAGAUCCCGCUAUAUCCCUCGGGCUAUGCGGAUCCUUUGAGGCACUACCCCACCACCUAUGGAGCCACCGGCGUCCAGGAGAAGGGCUACACCUCCUCUCCUUACUACCAGCAAAGCAACGGAGCCUACAGCCGCAGCUCCGCCUGUGACUAUGGGGCCGGCGGGUUUUUCAGGGAGAAGGACCCUGCGUGCCCCCCCCCCCAACCGGACGAGGUGCCCUUCGCCCCCGAGCCGCGCAAGUCGGACUGCGCGCAGAGCAAAACUGUGUUCGGAGAGAGCGAGGAGCAAAAGUGUUCCGCCCCGGUUUACCCCUGGAUGCAGCGGAUGAACUCUUGCAAUAGUUCCUCUUUCGGGCCCAGCGGCCGCAGAGGCCGCCAGACCUACACCCGCUACCAGACCCUGGAGCUGGAGAAGGAAUUCCACUUCAACCGCUACCUGACCCGGCGCCGGCGGAUCGAGAUCGCCCACUCCCUCUGCCUGACGGAGCGGCAGAUCAAAAUCUGGUUCCAGAACCGCAGGAUGAAGUGGAAAAAAGAGAAUAAAUUGCUCAACUCCUCGCAACUGAGCGCGGAGGAGGAGGAGGAGAAAACGGCGGAGUGAAAGUAUUAUUUAAAACGCACAAAAAAAAAAAAAAA